AGUGCUGCUGUGCGGUGUUGUGGCGCCCGCCCUGGCGCCCGCUCUCUGGUGCUGUGCCGCCUCCAAGCCGCCGUCCUACCUUGUGGUCAGACCGUCAGAUCGCCGUCCUGCGGGCCGAUCUGGCCGCCAGGCCGCCGUCCUGCGAGCUGAUCUGACCGUCAGACCUCCGUCGUGUCGGCUGAUCUGACCGCCAGGCCUCCGUCCUCCGGGCUGAUCUGGCCGCAGGCCGCUGUCCUGCGGGCUGAUCAGACCGUCAGAUCGCCGUCCUGCGGGCUGACUUGACAGCGGCGGCCGCCUCAGUCGCUGCGCCGUUGCGCCCCUGAGCUGUGCUGCCGGCGCCGACCUCCUGAUAUUGACGCCGGUCCCAUCUGACCUGACCUGACCUGACGAGAUGUCACUGGAGGCGAUACGGUACGCGCCGGGUCGGCUGGAGGUGUUGGACCAGCUGCUUCUGCCCCGGCAGUCGGUGUACAUUCCCGUCAGGGACACGGACGACGGCUGGAGGGUUAUCAACACCAUGCAGGUGCGCGGCGCCCCCGCUAUCGCCAUCGUCGGCUGCCUCAGCCUGGCCGUGGAGCUGUCGCGCGCCAAGUUCGCCUCCGUCGACGAGCUGCUGGCGCACGUGCGCGGCCGGCUGCAGCACCUGGUGACGUCGCGUCCCACAGCCGUCAACCUGCAGACGGCUGCGCGGGCUCUGGCGGCGGCGGCGGAGCGGGCGGCCGAGGCCACCACUGACGUGGACCAGCUGCGGGACAGCGUGGUGACGGAGGCGGAGCAGAUGCUGUCGGCGGACGUGGCCGACAACCGAGCGAUCGGCGAGCACGGCGCCGACCACCUGUUGCGCACCGCCGCCGGCCCGCUCGCCCUGCUCACGCACUGCAACACGGGCUCGCUGGCCACGGCCGGCUACGGCACGGCGCUGGGGGUCAUCCGCUCCGUACACAGCCGCGGACGACUCGCGCGGGCCUUCUGCACGGAGACGCGGCCGUACAUGCAGGGCUCGCGGCUCACCGCGUACGAGCUGGUGCACGAGCAGAUCCCGGCCACGCUGGUCUGCGACUCGGCCGUGGCGGCGCUGAUGCGCGACGGGCGAGUCCACGCCGUCGUCGUGGGGGCGGACCGGGUGGCCGCCAACGGAGACACCGCCAACAAGAUCGGCACGUACCAGCUGGCGGUCGUGGCCGCCCACCACUCGGUGCCGUUUUACGUGGCGGCGCCGUCGACCUCGAUCGACCUGGGUCUGGCUUCGGGCGCCGAGAUCCCGAUUGAGGAGCGGCCGGCGGCGGAGCUGCUCUGUGUGGCCGGCCACCGCCUGGCUGCUGACGGGAUCGCUGCGUGGAACCCGGCCUUUGAUGUCACUCCGUCCAACUUGAUCACGGGCGGCAUCAUCACGGAGAAAGGUGUGCUGCCCGCCGCCGACGUCGGUCGGGUCGCUGACCUGUAGCCGUCGAUGGUCGUAGGGUCGUUGACCUGUCACCCGGAGAUCGGUGGGGACGCUGACCUGUGAACACUGGCUGGGCUGCUUGCCGCUGUGUGCGACGUAUCACCGCCGGUUGCGAUGUUCGCCACCAGGUGUCGUCGGCGUCACAGCCGCUCGUGGCGCGAAAUGGCGGGGAAUAGGUGGCGGCGGAUACCUCCUGCGGGGCGCUGGGUGGCAUUCUGGGGAAUGCUUGAUAUUACGAUAUGAUAUUCACUUUAAGUAUGCUGCCAUCAUCGUGUGGACAGGUCCAGAAUACGAUGUGCUUGUUCAUGGGACUUGUAACGACACAAAGACGCUUAUAAAUGAUAUCUUUUUCAAUUUAGUCAAAGGAUAUGCAUGCGUACAUGUGUCCAAGGCUAUUUGUAAUCGACGGUAUCCUUUGCAGUGAACUCAUAGCUGUCGCUCCGCAACCACUUGUAUGUCUUGUCUUUUGUGGCUUGAUUGCGCCGUGCAUUGCACAGCUCGUAACCUUCAAGCAGCCUGUGUGGCGUUCACAAUCCAUCGGUAUUGCCAGCACGGCUUGCUGAGUGGAUAUCGCCUGCGUAUACGGGGCGCUUUGAGCUGCAUUUGCCAUAUCAUGUUGCCUUGGGGCGCAUUUACCUCGCACGCUUGCACUAUGUUUAUCGGAAAUA